UUAUCGUCUGUUCAGGACGGUUUUUUCCUUUCCAACAUCAAAACUCAUAGCUUGUCGUCUGUAAAAUAGAAGAACCUCUUGCCCACCUUCAUUAAUAUUCAGCCCAAUCCUCAAGUGAGGAAGAAGACUCGAUAAGAAAGAAGGACGAGCCAGUAACGCGAGGGAGGAAGAUCCAGCAUGAUCGCGUGAGCAUGAUUUAUGUCUUUUAUCGUCAAAAAUUUCAGAUCGACACAGAGCCCAAGCAAAUAAACUUGGGUAAACUUGGAUAUCCACUGUUCGAAUACAUCUUUACAUGUACGUUUGCAAUAGGAUCGGUGUUGUUGCUGUUGUCUCUCUCUCUCUCUCUCUCUCUCUCUCUCUCUCUCUCUCUCUCUAUCACAUCGUCUCUAUAAAUCUCUGCCAUUUUCCAAUCGCCAAAUUAAAUUUCUUUCUCAGUUUUCUUUCUAUAGGUAAAGAAAACAUGGAUGUUGAAUUGCCAAUGGACAAAGUAUCUUUUGUACCCAAUUCUGCUCAGGAUGAUGAUGACAAGAUAAAUGCAGUUCUUGUUGCUACUGGUAGUUUCAAUCCUCCUACUUUUAUGCACUUGCGUAUGUUUGAACUGGCGAGGGAUGCUUUGCGUUUAGAAGGCUACCGUGUUAUUGCGGCUUAUAUGUCACCUGUUACUGAUGCGUACAAGAAGCCGGGCUUGAUAUCUGGUCAACAUCGCUUGCGGAUGUGUAAUUUAGCAUGCGAAAGUUCUGACUUCAUAAUGGUUGAUCCAUGGGAGGCAAACCAAAGUUCCUAUCAGCGCACUUUGACUAUCUUGAGAAGGAUCGAGAGUUUUUUUAUUGAUAAUACAUCAAGAGGAUCCCUAAAGGUCGUGCUUGUUUGUGGUUCUGAUUUACUCCAAUCUUUUAGCAUCCCUGGAUUUUGGAUUCCUGAGCAGGUGAGAACUAUAUGCAGAGAGUACGGCGUGGUUUGCAUUCGCAGAGAAGGGCAGGAUAUUGAGAAAACCAUAACUGAUGAUGAGAUUUUAAAUGAAAACAAGGGUAACAUCAAAAUUGUGGACGAACUCGUACCAAACUUGAUCAGUUCAACAAGAAUAAGGGAAUGCAUUUCAAGAGGGUUGUCAAUAAAAUAUUUGACUAUAGAUGGGGUGAUCAACUACAUUAGAGAACAGCAGCUGUACAUGGACCCUAUUGAGAAAUGAUGGUCGCUUAAUCAUCAUUUUGGAACUGUAUAUUACAAUUUAUUGUUAUUUGUAAUAAAGUCCUGUUAACUCAA